CGUCAUAAACAUGAGAGACAAACGAUGGAAUACAUAACCUCACUUUUUUAUCUUGUAUUCUUGGUUUGAAGUACUUUUCUAAGUUUUGAAAAAUUUUAUUUACUAAUAUUCCGUGCGAUUUGCAGGUCCGGCUGUAAUGGCGUCAAAUGUGAUCAUUCCCCUGGGACUGGACAAAGAAAAUCUGGACCAAAAACUGGUGUUUGUGAUCGAGCGUCACGGAUCCCACGCCUGUUUCAUGCUGUCCAGUCUCAUCUCUCUCGGCCUCCAAUCCGAAGCCGCCAUCUUGUUACUUUCACUCCAUCACCGCGAAAAACACUACGAAAAGAUCUGCUCGCGCCUCGGCAUCAAUUUGACACUAGAAAAACAACGAGGGAGGUUUGUGGGGUGCUAUCCCGACAUGCACAACGCCGCCGGUGAGACUAUGAAGACCGUUUUGAAGAGAACGUUUCUAAAACUGAAAAACGAUCUAGAAACGUUGAAAAAGUUGAAGAACCGUGUGUUUUUGAUCGUGGAUGAUAUCAGUGACCUGUUACUUGUAGGGUGUGAGUUGAGGGAUGUGACGAUUUUUGCUCAAAGCUGUAGGAGUUUGAUGGGGGAGGGGGUGACUCUUGUAUUGGGUUCUCACAUGAGUAAAGAGGACAAGCAGCAGCAUAUUUUGUUUGAGAUGUUUCGUCGUCUGUCGGACAUUGCUCUAGAGAUACACGCGUUUGAAUCCAUGCGCACAUUUAAUGGUGCGCUGAGAAUUAUGCGCAAGAAAAUGCAGGCGGGAGUUGUGAAAAUUUCGUCGGAUUUCCAUCAUUUUAAGAUCACGGAUAAUCGGAUUGUCUUGUUUUCACCCGGAUUUACUUUUUAACUCGUCUGUGAAAGGGUUGUGAAUAUAACUAUUUUGUAAAUUUAAUGUCUGAAAUGUUUGUAAGGUGUGUGAUUGAGUGUUGUAAAUAAAAUAAGAUUUUCAUUUUCUGAAUUUUAUUUGUUUUUACACUAUAGUUAGGUCCACGUUAUAAUGGCAGUGGAGAAAGAUAGGAGAACAACGUUGCAAGUCCUCUGUUUUGUCAAUGCCUUCUAUAGGCGGUAGCUGAAAAAAGCGAAAAAAGACAACUUGAAGAAAGAUUAUAGUUGCAGAAAAUUAUUCCGAGUAUAAAUUUGGCCGUUCAAAACUUCUUUCUAUAUUCAAGACACAUUUCAAUAACCUCCUUCCUUGAAAUUCCAAUGAAAAUGGUGAAGAAACAUGCUUGAUUGAGAAUUGCAAAUAUAGAUACCGUACUGUCAUGAGACCUAUACAGACACUACCCUUACCUGGCAACGUUUUAUCAAAACUCUUGACUGGUGGCUUUCUCUUCUGUGAAGAUGUUUUCGAGGAAGAUGGUAAAAAAAUAAAAUUGGAAGCCAGAGAGCGUCUGAACAAUUUGCCAGCAGAAGUGGUGAGGAAAUUGGAAUCAAUACAGGAAUGCCCAAAAACGAUAACAGCGUUGGAUUUGUAUAAUGAAGAAAUAAAAUCGGAGCAAAUAGUAACAUUCAGUCAGUCGGUUGAUAAACUUCUAGAUGGAGGAAUCACAUUGGGCGAAGUGACUGAAUUGAGUGGAGCUUCUGGAAGCGGCAAAACACAACUUUGCCUACAACUGUGCAUAAGUGUCCAAAUUCCAACCAUUCUAGGAUGUGUCGAGGGCGAGGCUAUCUAUGUUGAUACAAACAGUGGAUUUUCUGCUCCUAGACUGGAUGAAAUAGCUAAAGCCAGCUACUCGAAAUGUGUGAACGCUAUCCGCAUACAGAAAUUGGAUAUUCAUAAAUUACCUGUUGACCAUAGGAGUUGGCUAGAAGGGGUUCAACUUAUGGAGGUGCAUACCUGGGAGCAGCUCAUGGCCACCAUAUAUAUAAUUAAUGGCAUCCUAAAAUCCAAUUCUAAGGUGAAACUUAUAGUGAUUGACAGCUUGAAUUUUCCUUUCAUUAAUAUGGAAAAUACUCUCACACGCACAGAGCUUGUAUGUCGAGUUGUCAAACAGCUUCAAAAAAUUGCCGAGGACUUCAAAGUUGCUGUUGUCCUCGUAAACCAGCUGACGACAAGAAUUGUCAAGCAGGAAGCCAUCUUGCAACCAGCUCUUGGCGACUACUAUGGGCACAUUCUUUCGAAAAGAUUCCUUCUGGGCUGUGAAGCGAACCCACAGCAGACACAUUCCAUUGCCGUCUACAAAAGCUCCAGUCUUCCUGCUAGCUUUGUUGAAUUCAUGAUAACUGGAAAUGGAAUUGAAGACGUUGAAUGAAAGAGAGGAAAAACAAAUUUUGCCAAAUAUACCAAUGGAACCAUCUUGAAUAUUACAUGAUAAAAGAUAAAAUGAAGACAAUUAAAGAUAUUUGAAUGAAGGAAAGGGUUCAACUUUCAUAUAUCUUGAAAGACAAUGAUCCAUAUCCUCAAAAUUCAAUUAUUGUAAUAUAUAUGUGAUAUGAAAGAUUUAAUUAUAAAGAAUUGGAGAUGUUCAAAUGAAAGGAAAGGAAAAUAUGAAGCAAUGUCAAAAUAAAAUGAAGGUGGGAUAUUAAACUAAGUGAUAAGAAAUGAAUUAAACCAUUUUAAAAUAUA